AUGGGGCAUUUCGAGCCCUUCCUAGCUCCUCCGGCCGCCGAGGAUGAGAAGGGCAUUUCAUUCAGGGUUAUUUGCUUGGCGCGCUGCACAACUAGGCUGGUCCUCCUCAUCUUCUCUUCAGGUUCAGCUGAUGGACGAUGGCGUGCUGUUACAGUUGACAAUUGGGUCAGUCUGCUCACAGGAUUGGACAACCCAGCUCCGGGCAUCCAGCCAGAGUCGUACUUGUGGCCGCGAAUGUGCCACUAUGCACACGGAUACUUCUGUUGGGCAUUUUAUCCGGCGAACAAAAACAAGUUGAUCAUGCUCAACACACGCAGCAUGGAUUUCUCUGCUGUCAAUCUCCCACCUGGCACCAGAAAUACACAGGUUGUCAUUCUAAAGGCAGGGGGAGGAAGGCUUGGGAUGUUUACCAAUGAGUAUUUGACACCUGAACUCGGGUAUGCUGUGUUGCAAAAUGAUGGCGGUGGUGCAAACCAGUGGCUGUCACAAGGAAGGUUCAGUUUACCCGUAAACUAUCGCUAUAUGCUCGUGGGUGUAGCUGGGGAUACUUACUCCUACAAGGGAUUCCGGAACCUGGUUAUUCCAGAGACCCUUCGGCAGAAGUGGUGGACUCGGAAGUUUUAA